AUAGCAUUGAACUCUUGCAAUCGCUUGGAAAAUUUUACAAAAUUUGAUUUAAUCUUAUAAUAUGACGGAAAAUAAAACCGAACCCAGCUUGAGCCAAUACUUCGCUAACGAUCCUCCUAGUUUUUUCGAUCAUCUCGCGGGUAAAAAUGCCAAAAACGCAUCUCAGAUCCCGAACGCGUACGCUUCCUACGACUUCCUGCAGUCAUCGUCUUCGAUUGAUCUGAAAUCCAACAUUCCAGACAGCGUUCGGGAUUUAUGGGAGCUCCCGGUGGUAGAACAGGGAGUUGCGCCAUCGCUUACCAUGCCCGGAGUCAGUGUAGCUACCGAUUUGAACGAUCCGGUCCAUGAAGCCGUAAGUGUUUUGGUAGACAUAGUUGAGGCUCAGCAUAGGAAAAUUCUAUCCCCGAACGAUGUCACCCAGGAUGAACGAGGCUUGAGGGAACUGAUCGAACACGGAUGCUUCCGUUCGGCGGUCAAUUUGACGGCUCGAUUGCUGACUAUCAAACAGCAGGGUUUUGGCCGAGCUGGUUAUAUGGUGAAACAUUCGCCAAAUUCGUUGCAGUUGUGGUUCACUCGAUUGGCACUGUUGGUAAAGCUGGGGCAGUUCGAAAUUGCCCGGAUUGAAGCUGAACCAUUCGGAUCGCUAAACAAACCUGACGUAUUCUACGAAUUUCAUCAUCCGGACAUGCAUACCGACAAGAAAGGUUCGAUGGCUUCGUUUUCUUUUAGGUUGCUACUGGCAGAAUUGCCCAUCUACAUGGGAGCUCCCAGGGUGGCCUUGGAUCGACUAACGGAAAUGUUGGCCAUUACCAAUCAAAUCAAAAGCUACUUUGAACGACUGCCAGCGAGCGGUGCCAGCAAAGAAGCUAUGCAGUUUUGGCAUUUACGCGAAAAGCGUAUCCUACAUUCCAUCGUAAACUGCUCGCUUUUGGUGAAGGAUUUUGGUUUAACCGAUCAACUGAUUCGGCAGUUGGUAGAAGAUCCAACGACCACGAUCGACGAGAAGCGUGCACUUCUAUCCGCUUGGGGAAGGAUUCGAUUGCAGUGCGGUGAUAUCUAUGGUGCGGAGAAGAAAUUUUCCGAAGCGAAGCGAUUGAAAGGAGGCGAUCAGGCGAAUCAAGGGGAUGUUCGAGAUUUGGUGGACCGUGGUUUGCUGGCGGUGGCGCAAAAUGAUUUUCAAAGCGCUUUCGGCUUGUUUCAGAAGGCAUCCGGAUUGGAUGCCAGCGAUACCAUGCUAUAUAACAACAUGGGUGUGUGCUUGCUGUAUUCGGGUAAGUUGAAGGAAGCGAUCAAAUUGUUUGAGGGAGCAGUCCAGAGGAACCCCAAACUGGCUCUGAACGAGUCGCUGUUGGUUAAUCUUUCUACGUUGUACGAGCUGGAGUCGAACAACGCCAAGGAUAAGAAGAUUGAACUGCUCAAGUUGGUCAACAAACAUCGGUCGGAUUUAAGCGUGGGGCUGGAUGUUUGCUUGAAGCUGCAAACUAUUGCGUAAAGUAAGAAUUUCGGAACAUUUGACUCGUAAAAGACAGAUAAGAUAGAUUUAAUAGGAUACUGAUUAACUUAA